CUAAAUUAUUUUCCCUUCCCCUUUUUUUCUCAAACCCUAGAUCAUAACAAUGUCUGGUGUGUGGAUAUUCGACAAGAAAGGCGUAGCCCGCUUAAUAACAAACCCUACCAGAGAAUCAUUCGAGCAAAAGGAACCAACAUUAUCAGGAACAGCAACUGCACCAGGGGCUCGACCUAGGGUUCUUGUCUAUCUUCCGACAAACCAAGUUAUUUGCUCUCACAACGAGCUCGAACAACGACUUGUUGAACUCGGCUGGACUCGGUUUUGUACUUGUAAUCAGCACAACAAUCUUAUUCAGUUUCAUAAAUCUGAUCACUCUGCUCAUCUUAUUUCUUUGCCUAAACGGUUUGCUGAUUUUAAGUCUUUUCAUAUGUAUGAUAUUGUUGUUAAGAAUCGGUCUUUUUUUCAAGUUCGUGAUCGGCCUGUUUAAUUCUAAUAGGGUGAUUAAUUGCAAAUUUUGAUUUGUUUAGUACUUUGAAGCUUGAAUUUUGUUAUUUUUUUUUUAAAUUUGUUGAAGGCCAAUGCAUGAUUAGUUAUGUUUGCAUGAUUCAGUUUCAAAUGAAAGAUAUGUAUAUAUGCAUGGUUUUAAUUUGUUCUUAGCAAAAAAUUGGCUUGAAUUGGUUAGUCAUUUGAUUAUAUUUACUAAAGGGCUCAUGGUAAGAAAAUCCAAAUUUUUACAA